AUGAUAAGCUUAAGGACAUAAAAGGAUUUGGAGGUUUUUAGAAAUUAUUUAGAAAAUAAAUAUUAAGCAUUUUAAGAUAAAUUGAAAAAGGUUCAUGUCACUUUUGACCCAAUUGAUCCCAUUCAAAAAUCUUACAUAGAUGAAUUCCUCAAAAUAAUAAAAAGCCAUUGUAUGAAUAUCAAUCAUUUAGAAGUACAUGGAUUAAAUAGCGUUUCUAUAAAAGCAGAUUAAUUGCUUGAAGUUUUCAUUCAUCCUGAAGCUAACAAUCUUAAAACAAUUAUAUUAGACUUUAGUGUUAAAGAAUAAAACCCAAUAAAUUAAAAGCUCCUUGUUGAUGUUAUGAAAAAUUAACCAAAGUUAAACUACUUAUCACUUUCAAUAAAUGAAGGAAAUCUAGAAAGUGAUUAACAAAUUAUUGAUGCUGUUAUUAACUCAGGAAUAACUACUCUUAAAAUAUUGCACAAUUACUAAGUAGGAGAAGCAGAAUUCUCUAAAUUUAAGCUUAACAACUUUUCUAGAUUAUUUAGUAGAUAUGGAAUGAUUUAAUUCCUUUUUAUGGCUAACAAUAAAAAUAGAUUUGAAUUUGCUAUUAAUUAGCUUUAUUUUGCAUAAAUAGUAGUCUUCUAAAAAAAAAUAUCAAACUUAAUGCAUAUCAAUCCUUAGCAAUUACUAUUUGACUUGUAUGAAAAUCCUUAUUAGAAGUAAAGUAUAUAUACUAUAAAUAAAAUGUAAGGACCUAAUGCUAUCUUAGAAUGA